UUCAAAAUAACGGUAUAUUAGCUAUUAAGAAUGAGUUGUAAAAGAUCAGUUGUUGAUGCGUAAAAUAGCAAUCAUCAUUCAGUUGUUUCCAAACUAAUGAUAAGAAUGGGUGAAAUUGUUGAAUUUGAGUUUGUUGUAGGCGCUCGCCGCAAUUGUGAGUUAGUGUAUACGCCGACGAAAAAACAAUUGUACAAAUUUAAAACUCAAUACACCAAUAAAAAAGGAGAUUGCAUAAGGCUAUACAUUUGUUAUCAAAAUAAUUGCAAAGCAUUUCUUCAAGUUAUUAACAGAGAAGUAGCAAUUUCACCAAAAGAAAAUAAUGGACACUUUGACCAUGGCGACCAGGAAAGCCUAAUGAAACAAUUUAAAUUAAAAGCUGCAAUAAAAGAAGGUGUUUCCAAACCGAGCUUGGUAGCAAACAAAGUUCGAGUUGUUUUUAACGCUGAAUGCAGAAAUGCUAAGGAUAGUGCUGAUCAAAUUGUCUUUAACAAAAUGCAGAGGCACUUGAGGCGGAUAAAGAGCCAAGCUAUGCCGAAAUCUCCACAAACUCCUCAGGAAUUUAUAAACCUAUUUGCAAACAGCGAACACAUGAAGCAAUACGGCAUGUGUGAGAGCGCGCCGGACGAACCAUUUUAUCAAACAACUAUCCUUGAAACAGACUUUAGCUACACCCUAUUCUGCUCCUUACCAAUGACGAAAUUAAUUUCUACAAUGGAUGAUGACUCUCGUCACUAUCUUGUCGAUGCUACAUUUGCAGUUGUGCCAUCAAGCGGUUACAAACAAUUACUUCUUAUAUACAUCGGGUAUGAGCGCCACGUAUUCCCUUUUGCAUAUAUACUUAUGUCGAAGAAAACCCAGAAAUCCUACGAACACGUUCUGCGGUUCAUAGACGCAAAUGUGUUUCGCCUUAAACCCGCCUCUUUUACCACAGACUUUGAGAAGGCCCUACGAAGUGGAAUAUUAAAGGUAUAUCCUGAGGUGCAACUAAAGGGAUGCUGGUUCCAUUACUGCCAAGCAUUAAGAGGAAAAUUAACCAACAUCUCAGAAUUGGCUAAAUUUGUCAAAACCACUGAUGCGGCAAGGCGAAUUUUUAAAAAGAUGCUUGUUUUACCACUGCUUCCUCCAGACGAUAUACCAACCGCAUUCAAUUUGUGCAAACAAGAAGCGUACGCAUCCAUGAACUGUUAUUACAAAUCAGAGAAUGUAUUUGAGAAAUUCUUCGACUAUUUUCAAAGACAAUGGAUAGAUUUAGAAAGUCCACUCAAAUUUUCUGUCCAUGGUGAAUGCGUACGAACUACGAGCGCUGUGGAAUCAUAUAACAGCUUUUUGUGUGCACAAAUUCCAAUGCAUGGCUCAUUCUGGGACUUUUUACAAAUAAUUAGACAGCAAGAGUUUCAGAAAUAUGUUGAUCUGAAACAGAUUUUAGAUGGCGUUUCGGAAAUUUCACAACCACCAAAAAAAACGAAAUAGAGACCGCAAUGAGUAAGUGAAAAUUCUCACAGAGCAACUGGCAAAUAAACAGAUUACUCCCAAAAUGUUCCUCCAGAUGAUGACCAAUAAAAUAAAUAAUCUCGCCCCAGUAGUUUUGGACCGAACACCUAUUGAUGAAAGCGAAACUGAGGAUGAAAGUCAACCUAUCCUUCAGGAUGGGUUGUUAUGUGAAAUAUGUUUUAAAAACAAAAAAUGUAUGCUUCUGCUUCCAUGUAGGCAUGCAAAACUUUGUAAACCUUGUUUUGAAGGAAUACAAGAUAAACAUAAUAAUCAAGGUACUUUAAUAUUAUGUCCAUUCU